AUGUGGAGAUUGGAUUUGUUAGAAGUGAAGUUUUUCAACACCAGUCCUCGCUUCAACAAAACAAAGACGUUGUUAAACUCGAAGAAAAAUGAUAAGUUGUUAAAGAAAUUACCUUCAUCGAAGGAAGAAGCAGAAAAGGAGAUUCUUCUAUUGAAAUCUGAAGCUUUCCAAAACAAGUAUCAUGGAAGUUUCAAGAAUUUACAUAAAGAAGUUAAAAAAAUCAUAAAGAGUGAUAUACACAAACAUUCUAAGGAUAAUAAACAAUCAUUGGUAGAGUUUCUUAAGAAUGAUGACAUUAUAGACGAUUUAAUCACCUCCAAAUUGGUAAAGAUCAUUCAACAAAUUAUACUAGUUAACGCAGAUUUAAAGAAAUCACCCCCAUUAUACAUAUCUGAAGAUCUUAGGGCUAUACUUACCGACAAGUCUCAUAAAAGUCAUCCCCUGAAGUUUUUCAUUGACCAUUGUCAGAAUAAUAAGGUGAUAAAUAGUUAUGUCUCAAGUUUAUGGAACCAAAAGGCUAUCAAAAGUUCAUUGGCUCAGGCUGAAUGGUCUUUGAAAUUAGUGAGAGGUGUGAGUAAAUUAGAAAAGGAUGAAAGAAGGAAACAAUUAGGGAAGAAAGUCGAUGAUGCGGAUGAUGAGGAUGAUGAAGAUGACGAUAAAGAUGACGACAAAGAUGAGGAUUCAGAAGAACUCAUGGUUUAUGAAGAUCUGGAUGAAGAAGUUGAAACUGCAAAACUUGAUCCUAACGUCAAUUAUAAUGAAAUCACCGAUGAAGAACCUUCUGAUGAUGAAUCAACUUAUCCUGAACCAACCAAACAACCCAAAUCUAAAUCUAAGAAAGACGACUUUUUCGAUAGCGACGAUGAUAUGGAAUCGAAAUAUAAUCUUCCUCAAUUGACCACAGGUUAUUAUUCCGGAGGUUCAGAUGACGAAGAGUUCGAUGCUGAUAAUGAUAAAGUUGUUAAACAAGUAACAACCCAACGUAAAAAUAGAAGAGGUCAAAGAGCAAGACAAAAGAUCUGGGAAAAGAAGUUCGGAAAGAAAGCUAAACAUAAAGAAAAGGAAAUAGCUGCUAUUCAAGAUGAUAGAAAGAGAAGACAAUUAGAAUUCGAAGAAAGAGAAAGAAAGAGACAAGCUAAAGCUCAACCUACUGGUGCUAAUAAUCAACCUUUAGGUGAAAGAAAACCACCAUCUGUGGGGACACCUGUGGGUUCAACUACUGGUUCCACUGGUUCCACUACUGGUUCAUCAACAGUUCAAUCUUUUGCUCCAAAGGAACCUUUGGGUGAAGAACAUCCUUCAUGGAAAGCUAAAAAGAUGGCAGAAGAAAAAUUAAAGAAUGUUAAAUUCCAAGGUAAGAAAAUUACAUUUGACUAA